UGCAAAAUAACAUUUUUUAUGAAAAUCAAAUGUCGUAAAACAUAAACAUAAUUUACGGUAGUCGGCCAUUUUGGUUGCUAAUAUACACAAUCAUUUGGGGACAAUUUCAAGUCUAUUUUUUAUCUGUGAAUAACUUAACAAGGCGGCAAAAAUGCCACCAAAGCAGGGAUCGGCAGGUAAGAAGAAACUGUCAAAGGCAGAGAAAGAAAAGCUGAAAGCAGAAGAGGAGGAAAGGAAAGCUCAAGAAGAAGAGGAGGCUCGUAUAAAGGCAGAAGAAGAAGAAAAACUAAGGAAGGAAAGAGAAAAACUUGAAGGUUUAGAGAAGAGAAAACUAGAAAAUGCUGAGAAAGAGAACCGUAGACAGGAGAUGUUGGAGCUACAGGAGUUACAGGAGGCAAACAAAACAAAGCUGGAAAAUCUUCAUAGUGAGAGGAGGAAAAAAGCAAAGUGGGCACGAUAUAUGAGAUGUGAUGGGUCACCGAAUCCGAUCAUUCCAGGGGAGAUAAAUACAUACAUUAACCUACGUCUAGAGGAUCAGUUACAUGACGAUAUUGACUCAGUCCUUAAACAGGGAGACUUAGAUCUAAGUUUAAUCAAUGAGCUAGACUUUAUACUCGAAGACACGCCAGAAGCUGAGAUGACUGGAGAAGAAAUCAGCAGAUAUAGAAUUAAAGGGAAAGCAAAAAAGAAAUUGAUGCAGGAAGCAAAGAAUAGAGAAAGAAGGAAAAAGAUGCAACAUGCAAAGAGUACACGUGAGGAUCUACAGGUACUUGUGCAAACCAAGCUGGAUGCAGCGACGGUCAAGCUGUUACAACAGGCCACGGACCUCUGUGAUACAGAAACAUUCAAUCUGCAUUAUACAAAAAGGAAUCAAGCCAUAUGUCUCUGCAUAUGGGGAAAUCUUAGUAAAAAUCCUAGAAUAAAGUCGUUUGAGUUUACGGAGGAUGGAUUCCAGUUUGAUAUCCCUCGUAUUUUAACACUGUCUGACUGUGGAAUCAGAAUCCUCUUCACAAAAUAUGAUCAUUACUCAAGUACUUGCAAGUCCUACUACCCACGUAGGAAAAAGAAGGAAGAGCCAGUUGUAGUUGAGGAGGCACCAAAAGAGGAAGAAGAAAAGAAAGAUGAGGAGGCAGAGAAAGAGAAGGAAGGAGAGGAAGGGGAAGAGGGGGAUAACAAGGAAGAUACUGAGGAAGACAAAGGGGAUUUGAUGGCGAUGUUACGUCAGAUGAAAGGCGAGGCCCCGCCCGAGGAGGAGGUUAAGGAAGAAGAGGAAGAAAAAGUAGAAGAAGUGGAAGAAUUCGAAGACCCAAUUACACCUGCGUGGCAUGACUGGAGUAGGGAGCCCCCAGAGUGGGAGGAUUUUGAUGAAGAUGAGGAUGUGGUUGAUUUAAGAGCCAAUCAUGUGCUAGGGGGCGUGUUCCAUUUCAAUCUGAUGUCCCUCCCACCUCAACCAAAAACUGUAAACAACUGGACCAUAACAAGAAUGGUUGACCCCCCUGCUAUAGAAUACAUGGAGUAUGUGGCAGACAACAUGAAUCCGGCCCUGAAUAAAGAUGCCCAGUCUCCUUCACAAGACAAAGAUAAAGGUGGUGAUACCAAGAGAGAUGAGAGACCUACCAUAGGAGUCACCAUGAGAUUACCUAAGGAAUGCCUAUUCACAGAAGAGCCACAGAUUGCUCGCUGGGAUGACAAGAAAAGACAUUGGAGGCAGGAUGGUUUCUCCGACUUUAACUUUGUUGAAGAGACAAGAAUGUUCUCAUUCAAGACGUCUUAUUUUGGCACGAUGGCAUUGUUACAGGAUGCUCAUAUAAAUAUGCCGUUUCAGUCGUGGGAAAUUCGUCCACACAAAACAAAUGCAGCUGUAUUUACAAUCAUAGCUGCUAUCAUUGAGAUAGAGAUUGAAAUCAAGCAUCCAGUACUGGAAGAAUGGUGUUAUGAGCAGAUGGCUUUAGCUGCCUCAGCAUUUGCAUUUUCAUGGUCAAAAUGGAACAGCGAUACACAAGAUAAGGAAAAGAUUCUCUUCCAGGGCUCAGAGACCUUGUCAGAUGAACCCUUGCUUGAGGAGGACUGGUCGCUUUACUUGAUGACAAAGAGGAGAAGUAUGAAACUGAAGAUGACAGAAUUUGACGAGACAUACAACGAGGAUUUUGCUGAUGGAACCGAGUUCAAAUCUAACUUGUACCAUUUACUGAUGAGUGUUGCAUCUUCCAAUGCCAAGGAUAGAAUCACAGAUUCCAGUUUUGAAUUUAUAGACUGUGUACAACAAAUUUUGUCUGCUACCAAAAUUCUCACAUAUGCUUAAUUAAUGUCUUAGAUGCAGUCCAACUUAUUUUGAAUUUGCAGACUGUGUCCAACAUAAUUUUUCUCCUUACCAGGUUCUUAAUUACAUACAAACCAGUCUAAUAUGGAUCAUUGAAUAACAACAAAUACUGAUUUAAUGAUAAUGAAGUGAAAUAAGAAUGUUCCUGUUUCUAUUUAUUCAAACAAACUGAAAGUGUUUAUAAUGUAGUUUCAAAGAUGGAUUUUUAAGUAUGUUAAAUACAUACAGUAUAUAUUUUAUGAAAAAGUGAUAUAUAUUUAUAUAU